UAAAGUGGCGCUAACGUUUGUCCCCCCACCAAAGCACCCGGCAGAACGGGUCACCCGUGGCAGAAGGGAGUUAGAAUUGUUUCCAAACCGUAAAGGGAUCAUGUACCGCAGUUGUGAGAUUAUGCCGUAACGAAGGAGAUUCUUUUCCAUGCGUAUGCAACACCAAUGGCGGUCUAGAAACAAUAUGGCGUCAACAUCUUCAUUGACAGUUACGCGCAUGUGUUAGUAAGGAAUGAAUACGCAGGAACUGUCACGAGCGUGUUCAUUCUCACGACGGGGACGGCAAGGCUUUGUGUACUAACCAGCAGAUCUUAAAUGUAUCCUUCAGCUGCGACAGCUGACUUCGCGGAUACACGUUGUAAUGGUGCUGGAAGGAAGGUAAGGUCUAAUCCACGGGAGUCAUGGAGCGGGAGCUAGGGCCAUCGCCCUUCCGCCUCUUUACACGGGAUUCGCUAUUCAACAUCGAAAGGCGGAUAGCCGAGGAGAAGGCUGCUAAGGAAGCCCAGAAAUUAGCGGCGGAGGGGUCAGAUGAUUCUGAGGAUGAUAUCGAGGAGCCGAGCCACCAUGAGCCGGAGCCGAAACCCAACCCCAAGCUGGAGGCGGGGCGCAAGUUGCCGCCGUCUCUGGAAGACUAUGCAGUCCCGGAGAUCAUUGGCAGACCGCUGGAAGACAUCGACGAGUACUACCACAACAAAAAGACUUUCUGUGUUAUUGGCAAGGACAAGACGAUUUACCGGUUCAGCGCCUUUGACGCGAUGUUUAUUCUCAGUCCCUUCAACCCGAUCCGCCGAGCUACACUCUUCAUUCUCGUCCAUCCAAUAUUUAGUGUAUUCAUCAUGCUCACUAUCAUUGUUAACUGUGUCUUCAUGACCAACACGAACGCACCGGAAGAUUACGUCGAAUAUAUCUUCACUGGUAUCUAUACUGUAGAAGCUCUAGUGAAAAUCAAUUGCCGGGGCUUCGUCAUGACGCCCUUCACGUAUCUCCGGGAUCCCUGGAACUGGCUGGAUUUCUUUGUAAUUAGUGUGGCAUAUCUAACAAUGGCGUUCCCAGAGUUAGGAAAUCUUUCAGCGUUGAGAACAUUUAGGGUGCUUAGAGCUCUUAAAACCGUAGCUGUUAUACCAGGGUUGAAAACCAUUGUGGGUGCCUUACUGGAAGCUGUGCGCCGUCUGCGUGACGUCAUGAUCCUCACGGCCUUCGUGCUGUCCAUCUUCGCGCUGGUCGGGAUGCAGCUCUACUCUGGCCAACUGCUCAACAAGUGUGUCAAAAACUGGACCAUGGUCCUCGGAACCAACGUCACGGAUGAAGAAUUUGAGGCCCAUGUCAACGAUAGUUCUAAUUGGCAGAAACUGGAGGAUGGUCAGUACCAAGUGUGUGGCAAUGGAAGCAGUGCGGGACAAUGUAUUGAGAACUACACGUGUCUUCCGCACCUGGGCGUCAACCCCAACUAUGGCUACACCAGUUUCGACAACUUCGCUUGGGCUCUUCUCUGUGCCUUCCGUCUGAUGACGCAAGAUUAUUGGGAGUCGCUGUAUCACUUAGUAUUGCGUGCUGUGGGCAACGUGCACGCCUUGUACUUCGUGCUGGUCAUAUUGCUCGGCUCGUUCUAUCUCGUCAACCUGAUCCUGGCCAUCGUCGCCAUGUCGUAUGACGAGCAGCAGAGAAAAGACGCCGAGGAUGCCGCUGACGAGGCAGCAGAACGAUUGCUGGAGGAUGAGCGUCGAGAGAUGCUCUCCAACAUGGACAACACGUCCGUGUGUGACGGACUGCCGGACAAGGUGGACGAGAAGGACGAAGUGAGCGUGUACUCGGACCAAUCAGCGAGCAGCUUUCUCCAACCUAAUGCAAUCACACAAAAGCGAGACAGCUUAAGUCUGCCUGGCUCUCCGUUCGUGUAUAGGCGUAACAGCAAGACCAGUCAGUUUAGUUGGAAGAAAAAGCCUCUCAGGGCUACAGACCGCCAGCCUCUGGUACACCAGAACUUGGAAAAUCUUCCUCUUCCAUACGCUGAUGAUUCAACAGCCGUGACUCCAUCAUCAGAUGAUCUAUGCAAUUUCCCCUUUCACAAGAACCUCCCCAAUGGGAGGCGUUUUAGUAUUGCGUCUCAGACGCGAAGACAUCGGCCGGAUGCAAGGCCCCCAUCAAGGAGAAGCAGUUUUGCUUCGAACAUUAGUAGAGCCUCCAGGAAGAGUAGGAAGUCGGUGACAUCUCCAUUAGACCCUCUGACAAAAGAGAGCAAAAUGGAGAGGUUGUUUAAUUUUAGUCGCAAAGGCAGUCAGAGGGUGCCGGAUGUCGUCGUUGAUAAACCGAAAAAAGACGACGCCGCCCAGGAAACAGCGAGUAUCAGCAGUAACGCGUCCGAUGGUAUCGUGGACAAACAUCCGACGAAAUCACAGAGCAACCCUUUCCUUUACCCCUCACCAACUGCUGCCAAUGUCGACAUGAAAGAUGUCAUGGUAUUAAAGGAUCUUAUAGACCAUGCUUCAGGACACAGGAGAAGUUUCAUGAGUGGUGUUAGCGGGAUGCCGCAGGAAACGUUCAAGGACAAAUUGUUUAAAUAUGCUUGUGCCUGGGACUGUUCUCCCACAUUUCAGAAGGCCCAAAAGCUUGUGAGCUUGUUUAUAAUGGACGCAUUUGUGGAUCUGUUCAUCACAAUAUGUAUUGUCGUGAACACCAUGUUUAUGGCUAUGGACCACUAUGAGAUGGCGAAAGAACUAGUAAAAAUGUCCGACGUAGCAAACAAGUUAUUUACAACAAUAUUUGCAUUAGAGGCCUUCCUCAAAAUAUUUGCUCUGAGUCCUGUGGUUUAUUUUAAAGACAAAUGGAAUGUGUUUGACAGUAUUAUUGUGGCCCUUAGUUUAAUGGAACUCGGUCUUAGUCAGAUCCAGGGAUUAUCAGUGUUGCGAGCCUUCCGAUUGCUAAGGGUAUUCAAACUGGCUAAGUCGUGGCCUACUCUGAACAUGCUCAUUGCUAUAGUAGGGAGGACUAUGGGUGCUUUAGGAAAUCUGACUAUAGUUCUUGCAAUAGUUGUCUUUAUAUUCGCUGUGGUGGGCCAGCAACUCUUCAGACCGUAUUAUCAAAAGUAUAAUAACGAAACGUUGUUCCCGGAUGAAAAUGGCAUGCCGAGGUGGAAUUUUGACGAUUUUCUUCACUCGUUUAUGAUUGUGUUUCGUGUUCUCUGUGGAGAGUGGAUUGAAUCCAUGUGGGGGUGUAUUCGAGUGGCAGGUUACCAGUGUGUUCCGUUCUUCUUACUCACCAUGAUCAUUGGAAAUUUAGUAGUUCUAAAUCUUUUUCUUGCCUUGUUGCUGAGCUCGUUCGGGGCGGAGAGUCUUCAGCGAUCUCAGACUGAUGACGAACCCAACAAACUGGCAGAAGCCUUCGACAGAUUCUCUCGCUUUGGAAGCUGGGUCAAGGUGAAGAUCAUCGUCUGCGUGAAGGGCAAGUUGCAGAGGAAGUCUAAACGACCGGGCGGACCAAUCAUAUCGCCAAGCUCGUCCCGCCCGGAGCUGAAUGGGAAGGACCCAAUGGUGGACGGGCAGGCUGUUAUGGGUAAUGGCAACAUCAUUGAGAUCGUUCACGCAGAGGAGGAUGCAGAUCUGUCCAUUUCAACUAAAACAGGGCCAGUGAAAAGCCAACUUGAUUUGACAGAUGGUGAAAAGCCGGUUAUUCGGGCAGACAGUGUCAGUUCUCUGUGCAAGGACCCCAACAAAAGUCCCGAGGCCGAAGAAUCCGAGUGCAGCUCCAGCUGCAGCUCCUUGACAGACGGCACCAAGAGCAAUGUCAAGGUCGAAGCUGAAGGUGAACCAGAAAUCAACGAAGUUGAGAUAACAUAUGUAAAAGAGCCAGAUGAAUGUCUCUGUCGGAUCUGUAUGAAAACGUGUCCGUGGCUACACGCUCUUGAGAAGACGAAAGUAUUUAAGUACUUUUGGAAAUUCAGAUGCUUCAUGUUCAAGGUCACGGAGCAUAAGUACUUUGAAAUGUUCAUCAUCACCAUGAUCAUAUCAAGCAGUGUUGCUUUGGCGUUGGAAGAUGUAUACCUGAAGGAGAGGCCAAUCCUUGAAGCAAUCCUCAAAUAUUUAGACAAGUGCUUCACAGGAAUCUUCAUCCUCGAGAUGUUGGUCAAGUGGGUAGCGUUUGGUUUCAAGACAUACUUCACAGAUGCUUGGUGCUGGCUAGAUUUCAUCAUAGUGUCUCUGUCGUUGGUGAUGCUGGCAGCAGAAUCAUUGCAUCUCGGAGACGUUGGUGCCAUCAAGGCUCUGAGAACGUUGCGUGCGUUAAGGCCUCUCCGCGCCGUGUCUAGAUGGGAGGGCAUGAGGGUUGUAGUGAACGCCCUGAUUAAAGCAGUCCCUUCUAUCUUCAACGUGUUGCUCGUGUGUCUUGUCUUCUGGCUCAUCUUCGGCAUCAUGGGCGUGCAGCUGUUCUCGGGCAGGUUUCACAAGUGCCUCUACCCCGAGAACGGAACCAGAGUGCACUACACCAUAGUGAAUAACCAGUCGGAGUGUUUAGAAAUGGGAUAUAACUGGACCAACUCGAAAAUUAACUUUGAUAACGUUCUCAAUGCAUAUUUAGCUUUGUUUCAAGUAGCAACAUACAAGGGUUGGAUUGGAAUUAUGAAUGAUGCCAUCGAUAGCAGAAUGAAGUACGAACAACCGGCGUACGAGGUUAACCGGUACAUGUACCUGUACUUCGUUCUCUUCAUCAUCUUCGGUUCUUUCUUCACCCUCAACCUCUUCAUUGGUGUCAUCAUAGACAACUUCAACCAGCAGAAGAAGAAAGCGGGCGGCUCUCUCGAGAUGUUGAUGACGGACGACCAGAAGAAGUACUACAACGCAAUGAAGCGAAUGCAGUCCAAGGCGCCGCAAAAGUCCAUACCACGACCAAAGCUUAAAGUGGCUGCCUUAAUAUUUGACAUGACAACUGACCAGAAGUUUGAUAUAGUCAUCAUGGUGGUUAUUCUGCUAAACAUGUUCACGAUGACAUUAGAACAUGAAGGCAUGAGCAACGCAUGGCACGACGCUCUAAACAACAUAAACAUUUUAUUUAUUGCCGUUUUUACGCUUGAGUGCAUUCUAAAAAUUGUCGGACUUCGUCAAUAUUACUUCAAGAUAGCUUGGAACGUCUUCGAUUUUGCAGUUGUAAUUUUAUCAGUUUUAGCUUUAUCUUUAUCCGGCUUCAUGAAAAACUUCUUUGUUUCUCCCACUCUACUUCGUGUGAUUCGUGUCUUUCGAGUUGGUCGUGUUUUGAGAUUAGUAAAAUCCGCCAAGGGGAUUCGAACCUUGCUGUUCUCAUUGGCAGUUUCUCUACCUGCUUUGUUCAAUAUUGGUCUUCUUCUUGCACUGGUGAUGUUUAUAUACGCAAUCAUGGGGAUGAACUUCUUUAGAAACGCCGAGCUGAAGGAAGGACUGGACGACGCUUUUAACUUCAGGACAUUUUACCAGAGUUUUGUACUACUGUUUCAAAUGUGCACGUCUGCCGGCUGGGAUGGAGUGUUAUCGGGUUUGAUCUACAGGUGUCCGCCAGAGGGCCAGUGUGGUGAAUACAUGGUGGCUGUCAUGUACUUGGUGUCCUACCUGGUCAUCAGUUUCCUCGUCGUCGUCAACAUGUACAUAGCUGUGAUUCUCGAGAACUUCAGCCAGGCAACUGAGGAGGUCCAGCAGGGACUCACCCCUGACGACUUCGACAUGUACUACGAAAAGUGGGAGAAGUAUGAUCCCGACGCCACGGAAUACAUUAACUUGUCAGAGUUAUCCGACUUUGUGGAUUUCUUGGAGGAACCACUGCGCCUACCAAAACCAAAUCACUUUAUGCUAGUUAAGUUAGAUAUUGCUAUAUGCGAAUCUGACAUGGUUCAUUGCAAGGAUAUUCUAGAUGCAUUGACGAAAAAUUUCUUGGGCACAACAGAAACUGAAUUGCCACCCGAAGUUAAGCCUGGUGACAAAGAUAAAAAGAUAUACGCUGUAGUGAGUAGCACGCUAAAGCGACAAAAAGAACAUUAUGCUGCAAGAAUCAUUCAAAAGGCUUACCGCAACUACAGAGCUAACAAAGCCGAGGAUAGUGAUGAUAACAGUGGUGGUGGUGGGGAUGAUGAUAAGGAGUGUGCUAAGUCAGAUACAGUGGUCGUUGUUAUAGAUGACGAUCAGACUGACCCGAAUAGCGCAGACCAACAUAAAACCGUGGAACUCCAUGCAAAUAGUGAUGUUGUGGCUUGAUCAGCUUCCUAUUAUUAUUAUACACAUAUUAGUGUUCACAGAGUCUACAGUUUUCUUCCUCUUCUUCUUCUGCUUCUUCUUCACAGUCUAACACAGGAGUAGUUUCUAUGGGAUGCUGUAUACUGGAUUAACCUAUUGCACUCAAUAUGGAAUAUAUUAACCAGUUGUCAUGCAAUAUCAAGUUUGUGUCCCUCCCGAGUCAAAUAAUAUUGACUUUUCUUGUGCUUUAGUGAGUAGCAAAUGGUAAAUAAUUUUACAAAAGUUAUACCUUUAACAAUAAAAUGGCAAUUUAUUCAUAAUUCAAUUUAUUGAAUCAAAUAUAUUCAAACAUCAUUUAAAUAAUAAUCUCCAUAACAAAAUAACAUAGCUUAGAUGAUGAUGAGCGUUGUAAUAGACUGGAGGUUUUUUUUAACAUUAACAUUAAAAAAUGUUAAAAAAAAUGUUUUGGCGAUAUAAUUAAAAUUAUUGAAAAAUAAUUGUUAUAGAUGAGUAAUAUUUCACUGGCAGCCAGUGGUAAG